GCCAUGCUGCUUCUCUAUUAUAAUUAUCAAAAUUAUUACUAUUAUCAUGUACCUAUUUGGAGAGAGUUUCCCUGCUAUAAAGUGCUUUAGGAAGAAAAGAAGAAGGUUGCCGUUCCGUCUAAGUUGAACAAAUCUUCACCGAGAUCGAAAAAUCACAACUACCACCGUCAGCAGAUCAAGCUUCUAUUUCAGUUGCCUCAUGCAAAAAUUCAUAAUCAUAAAUAAUUUAUUUACUAUUGUGAUAUGCUUUGAAUGAAUAUAACAAAGAUUAAACAAUAUUAACCAUUCUUAACCAGAACCAGAACUUCUGAAAUUCCUUUACAUGCGCUAUAAUAUAGUAAUAAUAUAGAGCAUGUAAAGGGAUUUCCAAAGUUCUGGAACAGAUCUUAAGUUAUUAAGAUCCUCCUUGAGUAGAACCUUCAGCACCAGAUGACUUUGAAGCCACUGUGGAAAAAGAAAAGCGCAUGUUUCGAUCAUAAAGAGGAACUUAGUGAUUGAAGCUGAUAUUUAUUAUACACCCAUUUUUUAAAUUAAAUGAGGCUGAAGCAUGGACUUUUUAUUGGAAUUUAAAACCACUACCGGAACUCACCGUCCGAAGGAUUGAACAGAAAUGUUUCGGUGCUUGGGCCCGAGGAGUAAGCCCCGUUCCAAAGCCGAGGAGCGUUGUCGGCUCGUCCGGGAUUCAGGUUCUACGGCUUCAUCGUGACGCGGAAGACUUGUCGUCUCCAGGCUGGCCCUCUCCUCGGCUCGGGGGAGAUCCCAGGCCAAAUGAGGAAAGCCUCCCAGUGCUUCAAGAGUUGCUCGCUGCGAGGAAGGGAGUCGGCUCAGAAGCCUGAAGAGAAUGGCAGGGAAGCAGAAGCUGUCGACGGGAAUGCCGUUCCUUCUACGGAAUGCACCGUAGGCCGGAGCUGCUUCGAGCAAAAUGCCGAUCUCCAGAAACAGACGCCCCAGUUAAUUUCACCAAAGGAGAAAACUAUCCUUUGUAGGCUAACUGAAGGAACUGGAGUAAGCGCUCAAUAAAUACGACUGCAUUGAAAUGAACCGAGUCUUUCCCCCAAACUCUGAGGAUCCCAAUUUGACGGCAUGGCUACAUUUCUUCAACGCUGCCCGGCAGUAGCCCGGGAUCACCCAGCCUUCAUGCAUAAGGCCCGGGCCAUCCUGGUCAACAGUGCCCAGCGCUGUCCAGUCAUGGUGGCCAGGAGCUUGUCUGGUUCUGGUGUGGAUCUCAAAGAGAUGAAGGCGGCGUCCCAAAAUCCUGGAACGCCUUCCCAGGCCAAGGGAGGUCACUGCCCCUUCAUGGAGUCGGAACUACAGCAUGGGAAGAGCAAGAUAGUGCAGAAGGCACGCCUGGAAGUUCAGGAGGAUGUAAAAAUGUUCAAAUCAGAUCCUCUCAAUUCCCUCCUGCUGGAAGUCCAGUCCAGCCUGAGGAAAAAGCUCCUUGGAUCUGCUGUGUCAAAGGUCACACCUGAUCAGGUCACCCACCUGAUCCAGGACAAUAUGCCAGGAGGCAAAACUUUCAGUUACGAUAAGUUCUUCGAUGCUAAGAUCACGGAGAAGAAGGACGAUCACACGUACCGAGUGUUCAAGACUGUGAAUCGCAAAGCCGACGCCUAUCCCUUUGCUGAGGACUUCUCCGAAUCUCUCGCUGACAAGAAAGAGGUGUCCGUCUGGUGCAGUAAUGAUUACUUAGGCAUGAGCCGGCACCCCCGGGUUCUGGAAGCCACCUCGGAGACCCUACAGCAGCAUGGGGCUGGAGCCGGUGGUACCCGGAACAUCUCUGGUACCAGCAAGUUCCACGUGGACCUGGAGCAUGAGCUGGCCGACCUGCACAAGAAGGACGCGGCCCUACUCUUCUCCUCCUGCUUCGUGGCCAAUGAUUCCACCCUCUUCACCCUCGCCAGGAUGUUGCCAGGGUGUGAGAUUUACUCCGAUGCCGGGAACCACGCGUCCAUGAUCCAGGGCAUCCGCAACAGUGGCGUUCCCAAGUUCGUCUUCCGGCACAAUGACCCAGCCCACCUGGAGGAACUGCUGAGGAACUCCAACCCUCAGAUUCCCAAGAUCGUCGCCUUUGAGACCGUCCACUCCAUGGAUGGUGCCAUCUGUCCCCUGGAGGAGAUGUGCGACGUGGCCCACAAGUACGGUGCUCUCACCUUCGUGGAUGAGGUCCAUGCCGUUGGCCUCUAUGGGGCCCGGGGCGCCGGAGUCGGGGAGCGAGACGGCAUCAUGAACAAAAUGGACAUCAUUUCCGGAACGUUGGGCAAGGCCUUCGGCUGCGUGGGCGGCUAUGUGGCCAGCACCCGAGAUCUCAUCGAUAUGGUGCGCUCCUACGCCGCCGGCUUCAUCUUCACCACCUCCCUGCCCCCCAUGGUGCUGGCGGGGGCUUUGGAGUCCGUGAAGAUCCUGAAGAGCGAGGAGGGGCAGGCCUUGCGUCGGGCCCACCAGCGCAAUGUCAAGCACAUGCGCCAGCUGUUGAUGGAUAAGGGGCUUCCCGUGGUCAGCUGCCCCAGCCACAUCAUCCCCAUUCGGGUGGGCGAUGCGGAGCCUAACAGCAAGGUCUGCGACAUCCUGCUCUCCAAGCACAAUAUCUACGUGCAGGCCAUCAACUACCCAACGGUGCCUCGAGGGGAGGAGCUGCUGCGGCUGGCCCCGUCUCCGCACCACACCCCACCGAUGAUGGACUACUUUGUGGAGAAACUCCUGGAGGCCUGGGAAGAAGUGGGGCUGCCCCUGAGAGAGCCUUCCUCCGCCGAGUGCAACUUCUGCCGCCGACCGGUGCAUUUCGAUCUCAUGAGCGAAUGGGAGCGCUCCUACUUCGGGAACAUGGGACCCCAGUACGUCACCAUGUAUGCCUGAGACCAGAUUCCUGCCUGGUCAAAACCCUCCCACCAGUAUCAUUCAUUCAGUCGUAUUUAUUGAGCGCUUACCGUGUGCAGAGCACUGUACCGAGCGCUUGGUAUCGACCAGUUGGCACCCAACCCACCGAGUCGCGUUUUCCUUGCAGCAGCCGAGCGUCCUGAUAUUUAACCAGCGCCUCCCCAGGGUUCUAACUCUGAGGGAUGAUCUCACUGGGGCUUCUAAGAGUUUCCGAUGAUAAAGCUCGUCGUCCUGGCCCAAGGCCUCUUGUUUUCCAGAAAUGGAUGACCAAAGCAAGAUGGGGUUCUAGCGUGGUUUCCACUGUGAUCAGACCCCCUAAUUAUCACUCUCUGGAUAGUCUCUAGCCUACUGGGGUAGAGUACCUUUAAUUUGCGGGUUAGGCGGGGGGUUAGUCCCAGAAAUUGAAAGGAAAGAUUCAGCUAUAAAGUACCAUAAGCAGCCUGACAUACUUCCCGGAGCUCCUUCAUUCCCGGAAGACUUAUGUCCUACAGUAUAAUUGCUUCUGGAUAGUUCUGCUCUCUGAAUUUUUACUUCUACGGCCAUCGUUUACUAGUUCCAUUGUUUCUUUCGUCCUUCCAGUCACCUCCAAGAUUUGACUCCCUCCGUUAUUCUUCAAGUUUCACCAAGCCCUUGUUAUAAAUCCUUGUCAGGCAAAUUUCUACAUAAUUCCCAUAACAUAUCCCCUCCUCCACUACCUUCACUGGUCAUCUGUAUUUAAAUUUUACAUUUACCUUUGGCUUUUAAAAAUAACCCAAAGAACUUGCUUCGAUAUAGUCUCCGGGUAUAUCCAAUCCUGUUUCCUUUAUCUAUUUGAAUCCAAUGUCCUAGAAACACUGUUUCUGAAAUAAUCUGCAACUACUUCUGCAAAUAGAGCAGCAUUAGGAGACUUCUUAUCCCAUCCAGAAUUAUCUUUCUAAAGUGCAGGGGUCUGUUCAUUAUGCCCAUAUGGGAUUAUAUCAAUUAUUGAUUGUAUAUUACAGAUUGAUUAUAUCGAUACUGCAAAAGCCAAAUCGUACCAUAGUAAAUUCUUCUCCUCAAAUUAUACCGCUUUCUAGAAUCACUGACUUUGUGCUUUCAGACUUGCUUUAAUAAAAUAUAUGCUUGCAUGAGUCACGUUA